UUUUCACAUUCGUAAAAAAUUUUCUUCUUGUUUCACGCGUAGUUUACGGAAAAGUCAGUUUUCUUAUUAAUAUUAAUCGUGUUGUUGUUAACAAAAAUUUCGUCUAGCAUUUUGUGUUAAGUUGAUUACAUAAACAAUAAAUAAAUUAAUAAUAUAAAUUAUUUUAAACGAUCUAAACAACGAUAAAGAAAUAAAAUCAUUACGAGAAGAAAAAAUGAAUAUUUUCAAUUCCUUUUUGUUAGUCUUAUUCGUUCCCCUUGUGACUUUGACGUAAAUUAAAGAAGAGAAAGAGAAAAAGAAUAUAAAAUAAAUAGAAAAUUCAUAAUUUAUAGCCAAAAAUAGAAAACGCGUAAAUAAUUAUUAAAUUUGUUUGAAAAAUUUGAUAAAAAUAAAAUAAAUUUUCAAUUGAAAAGCGUUUUAAAAGAAACGGUGCUUUAGUAAUAAAACUGUGAUUUUUGUAAAUUUUAUUAACGAACAUUUUGUUUGGUAUAUCCUACCCUACCCCCUGCAAAUCAAUGGUGCAAUUAUAAAACGAGGAAUCCCUAAGUAAAUACUCGAACUUUACUUUCUUCCUUCUACUAGUACCAGUAAUAUAGUAGCUAUACAUAUUGGCAGAUACAUACACUGCUGCAAAAGACAUAAAAACCAAAUAAGCGCAGCAUGCACUCUUCCCUCAGUUGGACUUCGAGACUUAUUUCGCGUGCCUUGCGCAAUGGUUUCUCCACACUAAUCGAAACAGCUACAAAUGCAACCGCCUCUGGAGGGGCUAGUAAAGCUCGUCCUCAUUUUAUAUCAGUAGUGUGUGGAUUUCCCAAAGAUUUCUUAACCUCCAAAUAUAAACCUGGUAAAUAUGGUGAAGAUUCUUGGUUUAAAACCUCCACAUCAAAUGCUGAUGUUUUAGGCGUUGCUGAUGGUGUAGGUGGCUGGCGUAGUUAUGGCAUUGAUCCCGGAGAGUUUUCAUCAUUUCUCAUGAAAACCUGUGAACGUCUAGUCCACUGCGUUAAUUUCAAUCCACAACGACCUGUUAAUCUUUUAGCAUAUAGUUAUUGUGAAUUAUUGGAACAAAAGAAACCUAUACUAGGUAGCAGCACUGCUUGUGUUUUAGUCUUAAAUCGUGAGAAUUCUACGGUUUAUACGGCGAAUAUUGGUGAUAGCGGUUUUAUGGUCGUACGCAAGGGCGAAAUUGUUCAUAAAUCCGAAGAACAACAACAUUAUUUUAAUACACCCUUCCAGUUGUCGUUGCCGCCACCCGGCCAUGAUCAUAAUGUCUUAAGUGAUAGUCCUGAUUCGGCGGAUACCUUAAGUUUCCCCGUUAAAGAGGGUGAUGUUAUUUUAGUUGCCACAGAUGGUGUCUUCGAUAAUGUUCCAGAAAAACUCUUAUUGGAUGUUUUAAAGGAGGUUGAGGGCGUCACAGAUCCUGUCAAAUUACAAAUGACUGCCAACUCGCUGGCGCUGAUGGCGCGUUCAUUGUCAUUUGAUAGUGAAUUUAUGUCACCGUUUGCUAUUAAUGCUAGACGCAACAACAUAAAUGCAACGGGAGGCAAACCUGAUGAUAUAACUGUGGUACUCGCAACUGUAGCAAUGUAAUUUAAUUUCUUUGAUUCGUAGUAGUGAUUAUUAUUUUUAAUUUAUAUUUUUUAAGUUAAUGCUAAAUAUCGAUUUGUGUUUGAACAAAAAAACAGGAUAAUUAUUCUAUGUAUUUUUUUCUUCUUUCGCAACUAAAUUCAUUUUUUUGUAAUUAAUGCGUGUUUAGACUUUCAUCUACAAUUGCAAUUGUCAUUUGCGUACGUUUUCGUCAAUUGUCUCUUGUAACUUGUAAUAUGUCUUUUGUCUUUCAUAACUGACUUAUUAGAUUAAGUUAUUUAGUUAAAUCUUAAUUGUUCUGCUCUUGUCUCAAUAGUCAUUAGGUAUAACUAUUAUAACAAAUUAAUAAUUUUUACUUUCUCAGAUCACUUCCACACACCACUCAUUUUCUUUAGUAACAUUUUUAUAUGUAUAAUUUUUGUUUUGUUAAGCUAAUUUUUUGUUUGUUUAAUAGUAUCCAUCUCAUUUAUGUGUAUAAUUUUUUUGUUUGUUUUUUUCCUUUUAUUUUAAUUGUUUAAUUUCAUUCAUUAUUUUUUCUUUUGUUUUCUAUUUGUCUGUAUGUAUGUGUUAAACAAGUUCCUCAGGUCUUUUGUUGGCUAAGUUUAAUUAAUUUGUAUUUGUUUUUGUGUUCUAAUACAAAUAUUUUUUUGCUUUUGGCUUAAAAAAAACAAACAAACGAUAAAUCCCCGCUUAAAGAAAAUCCCAAUUAAUUUUUUUAAUAAAUUUUGAUUGUGUAUUUAUUUGUUUACGAUCAAACGAAAUUUUUAGCAAAAUAAUAAAACAAAUGUUUUGUAAUAUUGUAAAAGAAAAGAUGAGUAGUUGUACUAUAUAAUGAAGCCUCUUAAAGUUAAAGAAACUAAUUAAGCUUAGUGCAAACGAUUAAACGAUUUCUUAAAACUAAAAAAAACAGAACAAGCUUUAACAUUAUUUUUUUUCUAAUAACCUACAAAUAUUUAAUUUAAGUUAUUUUAUUAAGCGUUUCAAGAAAAGUUUACGAGUCUGUAAAAAAAAUACAAAAAAGUUUAACAAUUUUUUUAA